AUUCUCGAUUUGGUGCUCUCUUUACCUCAAUAUUCCCAGAGCCUGCUGAACCCAAAACCCCUCUUCCCCAGUCUUCAAUCUCCUUUCUUCCUGAGAAAAAUGUCAGUGAUGAUAGUCACAAGUUUGGGAGAAAUAGUUAUUGACUUGUUUACGGAUCGCUGCCCAUUGACAUGCAAGAAUUUUUUGAAGCUGUGCAAGAUUAAGUAUUACAAUGGCUGCCUUUUCCACACGAUUCAGAAGGAUUUCACUGCGCAGACCGGAGAUCCCACUGGAACAGGAUCUGGGGGCGAUUCAGUUUACAAAAUUUUAUACGGUGACCAGGCUCGGUUCUUUGGAGAUGAGAUUCAUUUGGACUUGAAGCAUUCAAAGAUGGGAACUGUCGCCAUGGCUAGCGCUGGGGAGAACCUAAAUGCUUCUCAGUUCUACAUCACACUGCGUGAUGAUCUCGACUACCUUGAUGGGAAGCACACCGUUUUUGGAGAGAUGGCAGAAGGGCAGGAGACGUUGGAUAGGAUAAAUGAAGCUUAUGUGGACGGGAAGGGCAGGCCAUUUAAAAAUAUCCGAAUCAAACACACUUACAUAUUGGACGACCCUUUUGAUGAUCCUCCCCAACUAAGCGAAUUGGUUCCAGAUGCUUCACCUGAAGGAAAGCCAAAAGAUGAGGUUGAAGAUGAUGUACGACUAGAAGAUGAUUGGGUGCCUAUGGAUGAGCAACUAGGCAUGCAAGAACUUGAGGAGGUUCUGCGUGCAAAAGAAGCACAUUCGCGAGCAGUAGUACUUGAAAGUGUAGGGGAUAUUCCUGAUGCUGAGAUAAAGCCGCCUGACAAUGUGCUUUUUGUAUGUAAAUUGAAUCCAGUUACUGAAGAUGAAGAUCUGUAUACAAUCUUUUCACGCUUUGGUACCGUGACAUCUGCUGAAAUAAUUAGGGACUUCAAGACUGGGGAUAGCCUCUGCUAUGCUUUCAUUGAGUUUGAGGACAAAGAGGCCUGUGAACAAGCAUAUUUUAAGAUGGAUAAUGCUUUAAUUGAUGAUCGAAGGAUACAUGUUGAUUUCAGCCAGAGUGUUGCAAAGUUGUGGUCCCAAUAUCGACGCAAAGACCAAACGGGUAAAGGAAGAGGUUGCUUCAAAUGUGGUUCUCUUGAUCACAUGGCUAAAGACUGCACUGGUGAUGCCACCAAACAGCAGUCGAACUACAUUCUAAAAGAAGAAGACAACAAGCAGCACGGUGGAGACGGUAACUCAAGGUAUGAGAUGGUAUUUGAUGAAGAUGCUGCUGGAAGUCCAAAAAGAAAUAAGAGGGGAAGAGAAUUUGAAGGUGGAAAACAUUACGAGAAUCAGAAUCCUAAACGUAGAGAACUUGAAGAUGAUGGAGCCAGGAAGGAUAGAAAAAGAGAUGGAUAUGAACGGCAUAGGCUGGAGGAUAGAAGUAAUGAUUAUAGAACUGAAGAGAGGCAUCGUGGAAGUGGGAUGAGAGCAAGUGGAGAGAAGGAAAGGGAUUACAGGGGUCGGAACGAUCUGGAUUAUAGAAGAAACACUAAUUAUGAUAACCGUAAGGCUGGGGGGGAGAGACAAGACCAUGAUAAGAGACCUGCGGAUAAUGUGAGGCAUGUGGACAAGGAUUAUCGGGGGGAGAGAGAAAAGAGGGAUCGGAGAGAUGAGGUGGAAUAUGAUGGUGGUCAUGCAGAUGAAGUUAGGUACAAAGACAAUUCACAGAAUAGAGGAAGAGGGGAAGAGCAAGAUAGAGGAAAACGAAGGUCAGAGGGUGAUGAUGCUCGUGCUCGUGACCGUGACCGUGAUCGCUACCGUGAUCAUGACCGUCGUCGUGAUCGACCUCGUGACCAUGAUCGUGGCAGAAGGAAUUAAGUCGGUGAAAAUCAUUCACUUGAGCCUGGAGAACUUGGCUAGAUAAUGAUAUUUCAAUGUAUGAUGUGUUUGUGCUUUGACACUCUUUUUUGGUGUAUGUUGUAUGAAUUAGUCAUUGCACUUCAAAGGCCCGUAAAAAGAGCUUAGUAAACAACGAUUUUCCUGAAUGAAAAAUGCGUACACAUAUGAACUGAAA